AAUCUUCAAUAUCAUACUCCGACCUGUUCGUUAGUCUCCCCUUGCUUAUGACGGACUUAAAUCUUUAAUCUUAGUGUGAAAUCAUAGAUGCAUAUUUUAUUCUGCUCCCUCUUGAGGAAUAUCGUCAGAAGCUGAUUGCAGUGGAGGCUAGAAACGGCUUCGGGACUCUGUCUGCAUGUCUGGAUCUCUUGUGAGAGCUUCCAGACGAGGUGACCAUUUCCCCUAUCUCACGCCCCCACGUUAAGAAACGCCUCUGCGAUUCACCUCUACAUAUCCACAAAAAAAUGACUUCUAUUUGUUUUUGAUACCUUAUCCAACUUCAUAUCUUUGCGGAUAUAAUCCAUAUGGAUACACGACGCAAUCGCCGCAAUGCCACGAAUGGGGCGGUUCGAGAUUAAGGGACAUAAUCUCUCGGCAGACGAGAAGAGAAAAAUAUCGGAUUAAAAGAGUAGUCAAAACUGAGCACAGUCAAAGAGAAUCAUGAUACCCUCUUGGGGUCACAACAAACACUGGAAGCAAACGAUUUCAUUGUAUCGGUUAUAACAAAAGAAAACAUUGACUCCUCGAGAGAUCGAUACCAUUGCUAUCUGGAAACAUACAGAAUUAACUGUGUUUUUUUCAGUUUAUACUAGAUUUAGUUUGUAAUAAGUAUCCUCUAUUGACAUACGUAUAUUGCGAUAGUGAGUAUGUUCUAUCAGCAUAUAAUUUGUAUAUACAUAUUGAAGAGAGAAAAGCACAUUUUAUGUGGCAAUCUUGACCCUUAUUCAGUUAGUCCCUCAAAAACCUGGUUUAGAAUUCUUUUUUUUAAGUACGCUGAAAUUAUCCAUGUUUAUUAACUUUCUAAAAUCUGCAUAAAUUUGACACAAAUAACUCAAAGGGUAUAGAUCUACGUGUAAGAAAGUUAUCAUUGAAACAGCGUGAAAAGUGUGUCCACGGGGGGAUUGUAUUUCCUGAAUCACCUGUGUCGGUGCACCUGUUUUCUGAGAGCCAAAACUGACUCUUGUGUAUUCUGUGUUAUUUAUAAUGGCCAGUCGUUUGGAUAAGUCGGCGUCUGUGAAUGGGGACUCCGAACGGAAUGUAGAGCGUGACGUCAGAUUCGGCCCGAUGCUACUCAAUCAGAAGGCAAUGUCUGUUCUGUUGGUGUUCGCCAAAGAAGAUGGGCAGUCUGACGGAUUUUGGUGGGCAGCCGAGAAGCUGGGCUACCGCUGCACGAUUGCCAGCACCUCAGAGAACGCCCUGGAGACAUUCCUCAAGUACCACUAUGAUGUCGUCAUAGUCGACGCCCGAAUGUCUGUACACAACGGACUUGAUGCUGAAGCUUUGUGCAGGUCCAUCAAGGCCACCAAGUCCAGUGAGUUCACGGUCAUUAUGGCUGUCACAAAAAGAUGUCCCAACGAGCAUACCGAAGAGCCGUCCAUUGUGCCAUUGUUAAAGGCGGGAGUCACACGGAGAUUUGAAGAGAACUGGUGUCUGUCGGCCUGCAUAAAUGAGCUUCAGAGUUUAGAGUUUGGGGAGGUCAGAUCUGCUCUCAAACUGCAGACCACACACGCCCUGAUCGUGGCCCUUGAGAACGUGAACGAGGCUGUGGAGAUCACCAACAGUGAUCAUGAGAUUCAGUUUGUGAAUCACGCUUACGAGAGACUAUGCGGUUACAGCAGUGAUGACAUUUUGGGCAAGGACUCUCUCGAACUCUUCCGCUGUGACAAGAAUAGGGAAGCUAUUGAGACAAUCAGUGGACAUAUGAAGAAAGGAAAGCAUUGGGAAGGCACCUACUAUACAAGGCGGAAGAGUGGCGAUACUUUACCUUUCCAUUGUAAAGUUACACCGAUCUUAGGACCCACUGGGUCCAUCUCUCAUUAUGUUUCUGUAAAAAGUAGCUCAACUGAUAUUUACAAUCAGAUGGUGAAUGGUAAUAUGAUGUCAUUUCCCCGAAGAAGAGAAUCUGUUGUCAGAACUCAUUCAAUGACGAUUGAAGCUCCAAUAACUAAGGUCAUAAACAUAAUCAAUGCUGCCCAGGAGAAUUCUCCAUUAACAGUGGCUCAGGCUCUUGACAAAGUCCUGGAGAUCCUUCAGACCAGUGAACUGUACUCACCCUUCCAGCACCAGGAGAUGGGAGCCAACGAUGACCCUAUGGCCUCUGACCUUGUUGAGGGGCUUAUGACUCAAAAUGUGAAAAGAAAGUUAUCCGGCCAUGAUAUACAGAGACAAGCUCACCAAGUGAGUCAUGGUUACCAGCACAUUCCGUCCACCCCUACCUGCUCACUUGCUCAGAUCCCAGAGAACAUAAUGAGUGUCCUCAACACAGAUACCUCAUGGGACUUUGACAUCAUUCAGUUAGAGAAAAUUACAAACAAAAGGCCCCUUCUCCAUCUUGGUCUAACAAUAUUUGCACGUUUUGGUGUGUGUGAGUUUUUGAAUAUCAGUGAGACCUGCCUGGUGAACUGGCUACAGAUGAUUGAGAGCAACUACCAUGCCAAAAAUCAUUACCACAAUUCCACCCAUGCUGCUGAUGUGCUGCAUGCUACAGCAUACUUCCUAGACAAAGAGAGGUCAAAGGAGAUCUUGGACCAGCUGGACCAAGUGAGUAGCCUGAUAGCUGCAGUUGUCCAUGAUGUUGACCAUCCAGCUAGGACCAAUGCUUUUUUAAUCAAUGAGAAACAUCAUCUAGCCAUUCUAUACAACGACCAAGCUGUUUUGGAAAACCAUCAUGCAAGCAUGUGUUUUAGAUUAACACACAAAGAUCCAACUGCUGAUAUUUUCAAGAACCUAAGAAGUGAUGAGUACAAAACCAUGCGUCAGUCAAUUAUUGAUCAAGUUCUGGCCACAGACAUGAAGCAGCACUUUGAACAUCUGUCCAAGUUCACCACCUCAAUCACCAAACAUUUGCAGAAGUUGGAGGGAGACAGUGUUGAUAUUGAGUCCCAUGAUGCUGAUAUGAAUACAAUACUCUCUGACCUGGCUCUUCAUGAGAACCGUGUUUUAAUCAAACGCAUGAUGAUCAAGUGUGCGGAUGUGAGCAACCCUCUCAGACCUCUGGCCCUGUGCAAGCAAUGGGCUUACAGGAUUGCAGAGGAGUACUGCCAACAGACUGAUGAAGAAAAGAGCCGAGGGUUGCCGGUGGUGAUGGCUCAGUUUGAUAGAAAAACUCUCAACAUCCCAAAGUGUCAACUUGCAUUCAUUAAUCUCUUUAUCACCACCAUGUUUGAUGCAUGGGAUGUCUAUUGUGAUAUCCCUGAACUGAUGCACCAUUUGCAGUUAAAUUAUGAUUAUUGGAAAGAACAAGAACAAGCUUCGACUCACACUAUAGCCAACAGUUAGUGACUCACACUGAUUGGACACUUUGGUUGUGUAAUAAAAGCCUGCCUGAAGCUGGCGACUCUAGCCUCUAUAUGGAGGACCCAUUGCGUAAGAAGAGAGGAUCUUUGCUCAAUUUAGUCCACUGUAUUUCAUCGUUUAGGUCUUGUGAUUGAAAUCCUUGAGGAAACUUAUCUUCAUGUUAGAUCUUAGUAUUGGAUAACUUCCAGAGCACUGGGAAGUACUUCAACAAAACUCCAGCCAUUUCACACUGGCUUGAAGUGAAUCAAAAACUUGUCUAAUCAGAUGUGCAGUAAUGUGAGCCUGAGUGAUUCACAAUGUAUUGGAUCUCAAAAAGUUAACUUGUCAUUGCAGUUGUUGUUAAUUUCAUUUUACAAACAGUGAUACAAAUAUUAAGAACAAUGUUAAUGCAGAAAUUCACUAUGGAUUGUAAUUAGAGUCAUUCACCAUGUCGGCUACUUUACUAAAAAAUAAAAACUCUAAAGGCAUCAAAUAAACCAGGAUUGGACACUAUGAUUUCUACCAGUGGAAUAACUUGUGUGGUUUCUUUGACUUUGUGUUUCUCUGAGACUGUGGUACAUAUAGUUUCAGUUUUUUGGAAGCCACCACUCAAAGCACAAUAUUUUAAAGCCUGUGUGAUUCUCUUAUUUAUAAUUAACCGUAGCAGUGUUUCUGUGAAAACCUUUGGACUACCUUGGGAUUUUUACUAUUUUAUUUGGGUUGUUUUGUUUGUUUGUUUUCUUAGUGGCUAAAUAUUUUAUAUUUGUAUUAAUGCCUAUCCAGUCAUGCAUCACUUGAUUGUUUUUUAAUUUCUGAAGUUAAAUUUUAAAGUCAAACCAUUCAGUUGCAAGAGCAGUAGUUGUAGCUUUAUGACUAUGUUUGUGAACUGACCAUACGGGUAUCUCAAUAUUGACUUGGUCAAUCAGUGGUAUAGAAUAGGACCUACAAUGCUAGUUCUGUAAUAAAAGUGGAAAAGUCUGGUGAUCUCAUUUAUUUAUAAGACUUACUAUAGGAAACAAAUUAACAGAUGUCCCUGGACAGGUAAUGGUAAGCCAUUUACCUUUCAGUUUCUAUUCUAUUGGUCAAUGAUCAUCUUGCUGGUGGAGGACUACAUGAGCGACAGUCAAAUUAUAAAGUUCACUCACAAUUUGAAAGUGGCUAUCAAAUGAUAAAUUCUCUAGUUGACAAUAUUUUAACAAUGGAAUGACACUGGAGUGUUUCUGAUUGAAGUCAUUCUCAAGACAUGCAUGACUGGACAGUGCUGAUUCUACGGUGAUAAAAGGCUAGUCUUAUAAACACCACAAAGAAAAAUAACAAAAAUCUAUUUCAUGAUAUUUCUUUGAUUUAUAUACAUUGUUUAUUUAAUGUUCGAAUGUCAACAUACAAUACUUCUACAACAGUCUCAACAGUUAAAAAAAAAAAAAAGCAACUGGAUCACUAGGUCCACAUUAAAUGUCUAUAGGUUCUUUGGCUACCUUAAUUUGCUUAAUAAAUUAAAAUGUUUAAUAAAUUAAAAUGUAUCUUAAAUGAAAAAGUCUUUUACAGAAUGUAAUAGAAAAAUUGACUAUUUUGUUGACUCAAAAGAUAUUAGCCACCAAUAGUUCUAAACAAAAAUGUUUCUAAAAUCUGUCUCCUUUGAAUCAAACUAUUGGACAUAGCAGUAGUCAUGACACAGACCUUAAAGGUUUGAAAUCUUGUAAAUAUUGGGUAAGAAAUGGGCCAUAGCUGUUGGAUGGUGAGAGUUAAUGUUGUUUUUAACCCAUCGUGGAAUGCAUUGGACAUUCAUAGUGGAAGUUUGGUUCUGUCUUCAAAUGAGGUAUAAUUUAGCCUCAUGGCUGAGAGGGUGGAAGCCAGAGUGAAUGGGUUAAAUGUCAUUUUCUAAUCCUGUGUCUCAUCGUCAUGUCAUUAUUUAUUUUGUACAUUUUUUGGAAUUGUUGGGUGUCAAAUCUUCCUGUUCUGGAAUCUCCCUUCCCCCCCCCACCCCGCCACUCCCAGUUGGUGGGUUUAUAUGUAGGCCUACACUCGAACUGCAACUGCUGUCGCAAAGUGGCGCAACUGCUGUCACAGUGACACCAUGGGAUGUCACAUAUAUUUGUACCUGCUGUCACUUUGUUCUAAACCUGUAACUUCUGGUAUCAGCUGUGCUGACCGCCCCCCAUGUGUACAUGACUGCAUAAUCCUCUCUUUUGUUUUGCUGUGUGUUUUUUAUUGUUUCAAAAAUGGCAAGACUCUUUUCUUAUACUGUGAUCAUGUCCUAAAUUACAAAGUUGGACUGUGAAAUUUGUAGACCUUUUUUUUUUUUUUUUUGUUGUUGUAACUUUCAGGUGGUCAAAUAUACAUGACAACUAUAGACCUACCACUUUUAUAAUGCAGGAAUAAUAGAAAUAAAUAAUUUAGUCUGA